CACGGUAUUUUCUCACUUAAGAGUGGAAAUCCAGCGGAAUUACACCGCCGUCGCUCACGUGGCUUAAUUUGUGUGACUUUCGCGGGGAUAUCGGUAUCCUCGCGUUUUCGUUCGGUUGAACGGGGCUCCGUUGGGAAGGUGGUCACGACGCGACGAACGGCCAAGAGUCGUGGAGGAAGCGGCGAGGGCGGCGGAGGUGGGACCGACGGUGGAGGUGGCAGCGGCGGCGAGAAGACGCUCCCGUAUGCGGCCGCCGCGGGCACCGUAGAGGAGGUGGAGGCGCAGGAGGUGGAAGCAGAGGUCGACGAGGUUAAGAUGGAAGCCGAGGAGCAUCUCGCGAGGGAAUACGUACAGGAGUUUGUUCUCGAUCAUCUUGAACCAGCUGACGUUAAACGGGAGGUCCGAAUCAAUUCACCGAUGAUGGUGAACGGUAGCGUGGUACAGGUGCCUGUACAAAUGCAGAGCCUGGCUUUGGCGCCUUUGACGCCGCCGGCGCACGAGCUGGAGCAGCCGCAUCCGCUUUACGGGCAGCCGCACAUUCAGGUGCAGCACGGGGUUUUGGUGAAGGCGCCGCCGAGUGCGGCGUCCCAUCUGACGACGCUCUCACACCCUGGGACGCCGCCGGACACGCCGCCGGUCUCGGCGUCGCCGCCGCCGUUGCAGUUGCACCGGGGCGAACGGGAGCCUCGCGAGCGAGGUUUAUUCCUCCACCUGCAGCAACAGCAGCCCGGGUCCAUCGUCCAGGACGAGGUGCAACCCGUGACGGGAGGCAUGGGCUGGUUGACGCAGUCCCUCAGGCAGGAACCGCUGGAUCUGAGGCCUCACUGUCCUCAGGAACAGACGCCGGAACCGCAUCAUGAGGCCUGGCCGCCGACGUCUCAUCAUCACUUCCAGGAACUCCAGCAACUCCAGCGUCACACCAGACACACUGGUGAGUAAAGGUUUAUUGACUGCAUGUUUGUCAUCAAUUGUGAGUCUCUCAUUGAUUCUGAGUAGGCGUCAUAAUUAGAUUGGAUUUUAUAUAU